AUGUCUCUCUCUGCCCUUUCCUCCAGACUCUUCCCCACCAUGCGCUCCCAGGCCAUGGCCAGAUUCGCCGCCCCUGGCUCUUCCUUUGCCCGCUUCUACGCCACCAAGAAGUACACCGCUGAGCACGAGUGGGUCGAGAUCGAGAACGGCAUUGCUACCAUCGGUAUCACCAACCACGCACAGGAGGCCCUUGGUGAGAUCGUCUACGUCGAGGCUGCUGAGCUCAAGGAAGUCGAGAAGGGUGAAACCGUUGGAUCCGUCGAGUCCGUCAAGGCUGCCUCGGACAUCUAUGCCCCUAUCUCUGGAAAGGUCAUUGAGGUCAACGCCGUCUUGGGUGACGAGCCCGGUCUCUUGAACACCAACCCCGAGGACGCUGGCUGGCUCUGCAAGAUCCAGCUCUCGUCCGAGGACGAGAUCAAGGACCUCCUCAGCGAGUCUGACUACCACAAGUUCUUGGAGGAGUCCCACUAA